AUGACUUCUAUCCUCUUUAGGACCCCUCUUAUGAUGGCCUGUACCCGUCGAAACCUCGAUGUCAUUUUGGAGCUGCUGAAUCACGGUGCUGACCCAGUGCUGCAGAACAAGGAUGGAUGGAACUCAUUCCACAUUGCAUGCAGAGAAGGAGAUCCAGCCAUCAUACACCACCUCCUACUGGCCAGACCCGAGGUCUGGAAGACAAAGAGCAAGACUGGCAGAACGCCCCUCCACACUGCUGCUAUGCACGGCUGUGAGGAUGCAGUGAAGAUUUUGCUUCAAAGUUGUAGCUAUGAGCCUGAUGGGAAGGACAGUUGUGGAGUCACACCAUUUAUGGAUGCCAUAAGGAAUGGACACAUAGCUAUUGCUAAACUGCUUCUUGAGGAUCACCAGGCAUCUCCCUCAGCUGUAGAUAUUCUCGGUGUGCAGCCCCUACACCAGGCCUCUGUAACUGCUCAGGAAGAAGCACUUUCUUUUCUCGUGCAUAAUCUUGGUAUCGAUAUAAACUCAAGAGCCACAAAACUGGAGCUGACUGCAUUACAUUACGCUGCAAAGGAAGGUCACACAAGCACAAUAAAAACACUGCUUGCCCUGGGCACUGAUCUACAUGCAAGAGACACAAAAGGAAGAUCUGCUCUACAUAUGGCAUGCAUUGGGCAGCAUGUGGACGCCGUUAGGAUGCUGCUACAAUUGGGACUCACAGAUACUGAAGACAAUACUAGCAAGACAGCAAGACAGUAUGCCAAACCUCACAUUAAAGAAGUGUUCGAGUCUUGAAAUGUAAUAUCUGUGUCAAAUGAAUAAAACAGUGCUUUGAAUGAAUAUUAAGCAAAAGUGGAGACACAAAGUUACAAAAUAAAUGCUUUUAUGAAAGUCAUGUGGUAUAACUUAUGAAUUUGUGUCUUUUCAUAUGAAAAGCGCGACAUG